AUGACUGAGAUAAGACCUUCUGCUACAAACCCCAACGAUUAUAUUCUUAGCUUGUCUGAUUCCCAGAUUGAUCACGAUCAGAAGAUUGGGAUAAAGGCUAUUAGAUUGUUCUUACAAAGCAAAACUUCCUAUGAUGUCCUACCUGUGAGUUACAGAUUAAUUGUGCUAGAUACCUCAUUAUUGGUAAAGAAAUCACUCAACAUCUUACUUCAAAACAACAUCGUAUCGGCCCCAUUAUGGAAUAACCAGACUUCGCGAUUUGCUGGACUUUUAACUUCAAGUGAUUUUAUCAAUGUUAUUCAAUACUAUUUUCAAUUCCCCGAGAAAUUCGAGCUUGUUGACCAGCUAACCCUAAAUGGAUUAAGAGAUAUUGAAAAGGCUAUUGGUGUUGAUCAGAUUGAAACUGCUUCGAUUCAUCCAUUCAAGUCUCUUUACGAAGCCUGUGUUAAGAUGCUAGAGUCAAAGGCUAGAAGAAUCCCUUUACUAGAUACCAAUGAAAACGAGGCAAGAGACAUCGUUGUUAGUGUUUUGACACAAUACCGUAUCCUCAAGUUUGUCGCAUUAAACUGUAAAGAAACCAAGAUGCUCUUGAAGCCCAUCAAGAACACAGAGCUCAUAAGAGAUAAACAUAUUAGUACGUGUACUAUGGAGACACCAGUUAUCGAGGUGAUCCAUUUGCUCACUUCAAAUUCAGUCUCAUCGAUCCCAAUUGUUGAUGCUGAGGGUAAGUUGAUGAAUGUUUAUGAGGCAGUUGAUGUUUUGGCAUUGGUGAAAGGCGGUAUGUACAACGAUUUGGAUCUUUCUGUUGGCGAAGCAUUAUUACGAAGAGCCGAGGAUUUCGAAGGUGUGCACACUUGUACCUUGAAUGAUAGAUUAAGUACGAUUAUGGACACGAUUCGAAAAUCGAGACUUCAUAGAUUGUUUGUCGUUGAUGAUGAGGGAAAGUUGAUUAAUGUGAUAACUUUGAGUGACAUUCUCAAUUACAUUUUGUUUGGAGAAGAUUAG